AUGGUCUCGACAUUAGCUCUCGCCGGAGCUUCCGGUGUUUCGACGCUGUCUGCGGUUGGACUGUACAUGCUUCUCACAGGCAAUGGUGAAUCGUUCAACAUUGGCACGUUCCUCGAGGAGACCUCGCCUUACGCUUGGGCUAUGAUCGGCAUCGGCCUGUGCAUCGGUCUCUCCGUGGUAGGUGCUGGCUGGGGCAUCUUUAUCACCGGUGCGAGCAUCUUGGGUGCUGGUGUGAGAGCCCCACGCAUCACCACAAAGAACCUCGUUUCGAUCAUCUUCUGCGAAGUGGUGGCGAUCUAUGGCGUUAUCAUGGCGAUUGUGUUCUCGGCCAAGAUCACGGGCAACCUCGAAUCGGGUACAUCCGAUGGACUCUGGACUGCCAGCAACUACCUCACUGGGCACGUGUUGUUUUGGGGAGGACUGACGGUAGGCAUGUGCAAUCUGUGCUGCGGUGUUGCAGUGGGUAUCACAGGUAGCAAUGCCGCCGUAGCAGAUGCUGCUGAUCCGCAGCUCUUCGUCAAGAUCUUGAUCGUCGAAGUAUUCAGCAGUAUUUUGGGCCUCUUCGGCUUGAUCGUUGGUUUGAUCAUGACCGGAAGCGCCGACGAGUUCAAGUGA